CUCAGAUUCGUCACUUUCGCUUUGUUAUGUCGUACAUACCAAUUGAUCAUGGAAGAAAAAGUCCACAUGUCGAGAGCAUUGAGUUGAGAACCAGAGAUAAUGUCGAGACGAUCUCCAACUAUGCGCCACCGCAAAUGCUGCCUUUCGACGGCGAUACGAAACACGUUCAUGUGGGAACAUACUAUUCUUCUACUAAAGCAACGGACAAUUGGCCUACCCGAUCCCAGCAAGUAGCUGCGCUGACGCCCCUGAGGGGAACAAUUCUUGCAUUCGAUAUCGUGCUUGCAUCGUCACCGUUAAUAUUUAUAAUUCUUGCGCUUAAAGUCGCCAAACUGGACAACAAAGUUUCAGAUGAAGAGAACGACAGACUCCAGGAAAUGCUGCUCUAUACGCCUACCAUAUUUCCUCUCCUCUUUGCGGCUCUGAUGGGUCGCUUUUUCCGUCAUCUUGGUAUUUGGCUUGCAGAACGCGGAACUACACUCGGCCGACUUGAGCAAUUGGUAGGCUGUCAAUCGGUCUUCCUCGCUAUUGAGCGUCAGAUCUGCCUGCGUAACUUUAGCAUCGUCGGCAUAUGCUCGAUACUCAUUUGGCUCCUUUCGCCUUUUGGUGGACAGUCUGCCUUGAGAGUGCUACGGCAAGAGAAGCUUUAUCUGAACGCAACUCAGCCGUUACAAUACCUCAGUCCUCUGAAUAUCCAAAUAAGCACUAUGGGAGGAGCCAGUAUGGUGAACAGUGGGCGAAGUACUUUUACGCCAUUGUUCCUUGCGGCACUGCUGAGCAGCGGCGAUUUUCAGACCAUCAGCACGGAUCUUUGGGGGAACGUCAAGUUGCCUUCGUAUCGAGCGAUCGAGAACAGUACCACCAACGAAUGGAAUAUCAUUCCUGACCACAACCAGACAAACGUCCGAUGGAGCUCCCUGAUCGGCAUUCCAGUCUCUGCUUUCAAUGGCGAACCGUUCACUUCGUACUCGAUCAAUCAGUUCAAGAUCAGGGCGAGGCAGUUUGACAUCAGCUGUUCAAACAAUAGUCGCGUAGCGGUGGAUUGGACUGAUUCCGUCAACACAACCGUGCUCAGCCCAUGGAGGAUGGAAUCAGGCACUCCACAGACCAACGAGUCACAGAUCACGGCGUGUCCAUCAUAUCCAUGCCCCUUCUUGAGCCAGUCCCUCGCAGAUGAUGCUUCUUCUGUCGCGAGCUGUGAGUAUUAUUACGACUAUAUCGAAGCGAGUGUCGAGUGCAUCGCGUCUGCGUGUAGGGCAACGGCGCUGCGCAAGCUCGACAUGUACACAGAUGGCUAUACGGAAGAAUGGGAGCCAUACCUCCUGGGAGUGGUCAUGACGAAUCUUAUGAGUACCAUCACGAGUGUUGAUACCAUCGGCGUCUCCAGCGCUACGUCGCGUGGCGCGACCGUGAUGGAGAAGUGGAUAUUCGACCCUUCGAAUUUUAUCGGCACCCACAUGUAUGACAACGUCAAGCUGUACGAAAUACCUGCCGAUGUAUUUGCAGAGCGUUUGACUAUACUGUGGAAUUCAUUCUUUCAGUCGACAUACGCUGCGCGUGCGCUUGCUGGAAAUCUGGACAAAGCAGUUUCUACCAACAUUACAGGCGAAGAUGUCUCUCCAAUACAAUUCAACACUACUGAAAGCAUAACCGGUCAGCGCAGAGACGUCUAUCGAGUCAGGUGGAAGUGGCUUGGCGUACUUCUGAGCUGUUCCUUGGUGCUGCUGGUUGCCGCGUAUGCCGGACUGAUACUCAAGUAUCUGUCGACCGCCCCAGAUAUUAUUGGGUAUGCGAGCAGUCUGACGAUGAUGAAUCCGUACGUCCCUACGCCUACUGGUGGAACGACAUUGCAUGGUCUGGAGAGGGCAGCUUUGCUACAUGAUCUUCAAGUGCGGCUUGGAGAUGUAUGUCCAAAUGAGCCGGUAGGUGCCAUUGCAUUAGCAGCAAACGAUGGGAGAGUUAUUGGGUUGGACAGACGGAAGUAUUACAUAUAGGCUUCAUCGUUGAGAGAUUGUAGAGAGAAUGUGAUGCAACCAAGUGAUUGCUUGUGUGCAUGUCGUAUAGCGCAAAUUGCGAUUCAGGCAGGCUUGGGUGAACUCUACACUAGGACGAAGGCCGAGCAAAGUACUGAGGUGAGCGAGACGAACGUGAGAUGGAAAAUGUUCGAGUAUUUGCGACGAGAUAUGAGGUGGCUGAGUAGCAGGAAAGGUGUACAUGAUGGCCUCGUGCGGCCGCGAAGGUCGCAAAAUGGUUACCAAACACUGAUUGGUGGGAGGUGCAAACGCGAAAACAGCGCGACGCGUCGAUAAUGAGCAAGACCAGCAGACGCC